UCAAUAUACGGUACAUAAGGACUGUAGUGGGCAUUUCACUCUACUGUCAUUUAAAUCUGUCUAUGCUGUCCUCACUCCGAAGUGUCUACUUUUUCCAAAACUAGACAGCUAGUGAACGACGCCUUAAUAAUCAGACUUCUUCCUUUUUCAUCUGAUUUAUUAAUAAAAUAGCCUCAAACCAUUGUCCUCUUUAGACCGUCGUAAAACUACAAAAAAAAAGUACACAAGCAUUGCAUUAGCAACAACGUUAUCUUAGCACGCUAUACAGGUUCACUAAACAUAAACAAAAAGCGUCUCAUACAAAAAAAUAGAACAUUUCGCUUACUAACAUAAUAUUUACAUUCUUUACAACAACCAUACUUACGGACAAAUCUUGUCCAAGGAUCAUAUAAGCACAACAUUACAACAUAGGCAUCAGCCCGAGACGUCGUGCAGCCAUAUUGAACUGGCAAGAAAAAAAUAAACCAUGUCGCAAAGCGACCACAAGAGUUCGCUGUUAGACAGCACUAAAAGCCUUGUUGUAAAACUUACCAAAAGGCAGAAUACUGUCUGAGCGGGACAUGUGCGUUAAUUGCGUCAAAUAUUUUAACGUGAUUAAUUAAAAAAAAUUAAUUACCGCGCGUUAACGCGAUAAUGUUGACAGCCCUAGUAUAUAUAUCUAUAUAUAUAUGGAUUUUUGUUGAUAUAUUUGGUUUAAUGAGUAAAACUAUGUUAUUUUUUGUUGUUUACCUGCAAUUAAAUCACUAUCUUUUCCAGAGAUAAAGAAAAACAAGGUCAGGAGUGGGCAGUUUUCACCAGUGUUCACCUGGCUUUUGGGUUUGGUGAGUUUUGAAGCAUUCUGAGGGGGUCAAAGUAGGGCUCAAAGCAUCGGCGGGACAAAGAAUGACUGCUAGGGGGCGCUAAAUAGUGUAUUUGGAAUUUGUCUUUACACGGUAUCAAAGAUUGCACCUGUCUUGACCUGUCUGCCGAUUUUGGUGCAAUUUGAAGCAUUCUAAGGGAGUCAAAUUGAGCUCAAAGGGGCUGCAGAACAAAGAAUAACUAUAAUAAUAAUAAUAAAACCGAGGAACCGCAAUAGGUUACCUAAAAAAAACAUUGUCACCUGAAUGUCCAUAUUGUUCAGUUAUGGAUGUGUUCUAAGUCAAAUGAAAUCAAAUCAACGUUUAUUUGUUUAGACCAGGGGUGUCCAAACUUUUUGCGAAGGGGGCCAGAUUUGGUGUGGUAAAAAUGUAGGGGGCCGAACUUGGCUGAUGUCCUUUACGUAGAACAAGGGUAGCCAACGUCAGUCCUUGAGGGCCCCUAUCCAGCUUGUUUUUGUGAGGAGCAGCAUUUGGUGUGUAAGCUACUUCAUAUGCUGGUAGCAGGUACUGCUGACCAAUUUAUUAAGUCUGUGUGCGGGCCAGACGUUAUUUAUUUUAUGACAGAGGCUGGGGCCGGAUGAAAAUUUGACCACUUGGUCACACCCCUAAUUUAACUUAUUAAACCAGAUUCUUUCUGCUGGGAUGCACAUGAUAAAUGUGUUAUCUUUCCCUUUAAACCAGGUGUCCCCAAACUUUUUCCUGUGAGGGCCACAUAACUUUUCCCUUCUCUGAUGAGGGGCCGGGGUCAGUUUGUAACAGAAAAAGUGUGACGAUUGCAGGAGUGCCUAAAUGUAAAAAAAUAAUUGUUUUUCAGAAAGCCACAAUCAAAUAAUCCUUUCUGGAUUCUUCACGGAACAAAAGUAAAUAAAACAAAAAUAAUAAUAUAACAUAACAUAACAUAACAUAACAUAACAUAACAUAACAUAACAUAAUAUAAUAUAAUAUAAUAUAAUAUAAUAUAAUAUAAUAUAAUAUAAUAUAAUAUAAUAUAAUAUAAUAUAAUAAUAAUAAAUAAUAAUAACAAUAUUAAUUAAAUAGGUAAUAACUAAAUAACCCUCUCGGAGUUCUUCACAGAAAAAGGCCAGGGAAUAAAUAACACAAUUGAGAAAAAAAAAAAAAAAAAAAAAAAAAUCAAAAUGCUCUCUGGUAUUGUUCAGGGGGCCGGACCAAAUGUGGAGGCUGGCCAUAUUUGGCCCGCGGGCCGUAGUUUGGGGACCCCUGCUUUAAACCAUCAGAUUAGUAAAAGAAAAAUAGUUCACUCCAAAUAAUUCAAUUUAAUUCAACACGAACAUUUUCUGUGACCUCCAUAUAAAUGUUUUGAAAAGAAGAAAAACAAUGCACUCUAAUCUGUCCUAAACUGGAUUUAAAAUGAUUGAGGACUGCUUGAAUAAUCAACAACAUCUACUACAGUUGUAUGAUUAAAUAUCAAGUACAUUUUUUUGCAGCGAUUUCACCAACCUUUCACGGACAUGCCCACAAACCCACAUUGUAGACGUUUAUUUUGGCAGUCAACACCGGAAGUGCUGCUAAUCAGUGUUACAGCUACCUUGAUUGAGCCGUUAAAUCGACUCCGAGGUAGGUUUGGAUGUUAUUACCGGGAGGAUUCGGUGCAGAAUUUGGGCUGAGGUGGACUCGGUGCCAUGACAGCUUCUAAGGAUCCCAGUAAGAAGGUCCAGAAGGCAGAUCAGCAAGAUGAGGAGUUUGUGGACAUCAGCACCCCACAGAGGAACUGGAAGGGAAUCGCCAUCUCUCUGCUGGUGAUCGUGGCCGUCUGCUCCCUCAUUACCAUGUCCGUGGUCGUCCUCACACCUGCCGAUCUCCCAGGCAGCAGCAAGUCUGCGCUGACCAUAGAUGAUCUUUACUCUUCAGAGUUCACUGUGCAUGGCCCAGAAGCCAAAUGGAUAAGCGAUUCUGAAGUUGUGUACAGGAACCGAGAUAAUCAUGUUGUGAAAUUUGACUUCAUUCUCAACGAGACUCAAGUCCUGCUUAAUAACACCACCUUUGUGGCGUUUAAGGUGGUGAAGUACUCACUCUCAGCGGACCUUCAAUAUGCGCUCUUUGCUUAUGAUGUCAAACAGAUGUACAGACAUUCCUACCAGGCUUCGUACAUUGUUUACAAUUUAUACACCAGGGAGGUUCUGGAGCUGAACCCUCCAGAAGUUCCGAAUGCUGUGCUGCAGUAUGCUGCGUGGGGAAAACAAGGACAACAACUGAUUUACAUAUUUGAGAACAACAUUUACUACCAGUCGGACGUGAGAAGCAACUCCCUGAGGAUCACCUCAUCUGGCAUGGAGGGAGUAAUUUUUAAUGGGCUUGCUGACUGGCUGUAUGAAGAGGAGAUUCUGCAUUCACAUUUGGCCCACUGGUGGUCCCCUGAUGGAGAGAAACUGGCUUACCUCACCAUUAACGACACACUGGUACCCAACAUGGCUUUGGCCCAGUUCACUGGAAGCACUUACCCCCGAGGAUUGCAGUAUCCAUAUCCCAUGGCUGGUCAGAAAAACCCAUUAGCCAAGUUGUCUGUGGUCAAUCUUUUCGGCGUAACGCACACUGUCGAGCUGCAGCCUCCCAAUGGACUGCAGCUAAGGGAUUUCUACAUCACCAUGGUGAAGUGGAUCAGUAACACGCACCUUGCAGUGCGGUGGAUCACCCGGGCCCAGAAUGCAUCAGUGCUGACAGUGUGUGAUGCCGCUGUAGGAGUCUGCCUUGCGAGGCAUGAGGACUCUUCAGAUUCAUGGAUCUCUAGGCAGAACCAGGAGCCUUUAUUUUCGAAAGACAUACGCAGAUUUUUCCUUGCUGUUCCUGUGAGACAAGGUGGUCAGGGUGACUUCCACCACAUCACCAUGUUUACCAAAAAGGUUGGCGGUGACAAGGAUGAAAUGGAGCAUAUAACGUCCGGUGCCUGGGAGGUGACACAAAUUGUGUCUUAUGAUGAAAACAAGCAGGUCAUAUACUUCCUGAGCACUCAAGUUUCAGCACAUCAAAGGCAUUUAUACAGUGUGUCCACCUUGAGUAUGUUUCCAAUGCAAUGCCUGACCUGUGGAUUGCGAGAAGGAUGCACGUUCUUUGAGGCGGAUAUCAGUCCUGAUGCGCAGCACGCCAUCCUGCACUGCAAAGGUCCAGGAGUUCCAUCAGUACUUCUUCUCAGCUUGGAUGAGAUGGAAUCCUAUUCGAUCCUGGAGAACAAUGACCUUCUGUGGUCAGUCCUGUCCUCCAAAACAACGGGUCAGACACAAUUCCACACCAUCCAUCAGAACAACUUUGAACUGCCUCUGAAGCUCAUCCUUCCUCUUGAUUUCUCUGAGUCCUCCCUCUAUGGCCUUCUGCUCAUCAUUGGCAGCUUUCCUGGGGGUCAGGCGGUCACAGAAGAGUUUAGACUGGACUGGGGUUGGGUGCUGGUGGGGUCAGAGGAGGUGAUUAUAGCUCAGCUCGACGGUCGGGGUUCAGCGUUCCAAGGUCAAAGGAUGUUGCAGCAACUCCAUCAGAAUAUUGGGCAGGUGGACGUUGAGGACCAGAUAGCUGCUCUGGCGUACUUGCUGAAGCUGCCCUUCAUCGACCCCACCAGGGUCGGUGUUUUUGGCGAGGACUAUGGUGGUUACUUGACACUCAUGCUGCUCAAGUCAACAGAAGGGAUGAUCCGAUGUGCCGCAGCGCAGUCUCCUGUUGUUGACUGGACCAUGUAUGCGUCUGCAUUCUCAGAGCGAUAUUUUGGAUUGCCUUCAAUUGAGGAAAACAGAUAUCAAAUGUCCAAAGUUCUUCCAGACAUGAGAGGCCUGCAGGGAGGAACUCUGUUUCUCGCCCAUGGGACUGCCGAUGCAAAUGUUCACUUUCAACACUCAGCGGAGCUUAUCAAACACUUGAUCAGGAUUGGCGCCAACUACACCAUGCAGAUUUACCCUGAUGAGGGCCACUUCCUGUCAAGACGCAGCCAGAUUCAGCUGAGGCAUUCUUUGAUUGCUUAUUUUAGAGGUUGUCUGUUGGAUGGAUCAUCAUUACUGCAUGGGCAAGCAGAGGAUGACUGAACUCCAAAGAAGAGUUGUGUAUUUUAUAUCCUUAGCACAAUAUUUUUUAGAACAAGUAACUGAAGAAUAAGAGGAGGGGUGUCUAAACUUUCCUCUGAAGGUCGCAUACAAUUAAAGAGUGCAUUAUUCAUCUAUAAUAAAAAUUUUAUUGUCAAGUUAUGAAAUAUAAUGAACAGUUUUAUUAUUGCCAAAAUUGACUUUGACAAAUUAUUUUUCUUUUGAAAAUAAAUUAUGGUAAAUUUAUUCAUCCCUAUAAAGAGAAGAUUUUUAUGUUUUUGCUAGUUUCUUUGCAUAUGUAGAAAAUCUUGCUGUUUUGCUCCUCAUCCUUUUUAUUUAUUUAUUUAUUUAUUUAUUUCUAAAUACCAUUCCAGCCUCUGUCAAAAGUUAUUUUUAGUUCAAGUUGCAGGUCACAAAAAAUGCCCAGUGGGCCGCAGAUUGCCCUGGAGCAGUACUUUGGACACCCCUUAUUUAGAAGCUGAAAAAAUGAAUAAUGGCCCUGUUCUGGAAGUUAGAUCAAUAGGACCUGCUUUUAGAGAUGAUGAGUCUUGCUUAAAGAUAUAAUGUGUGCAAAAUUUGAGAACAAAAAUGUUGGUGUCGUUAAACCACGGCGACUGUGCACUUAACAGCUUGUGUUGACUGUGUGCUUUAAAGCAUUCAAUUCAGUCCGCAGAAUGUGAAUUUUUUUGAGCGUGUUACUUGAAAUACACUCAUCAAUGUUAGGCCUUACACUUUCGUGAAAGUAAAAAAUGUAUAGCUUUAGAGUUGCAGCGUAAAUGUUUAUAUGUUAACGUGAUGUUUCUCAUUGCCCUUUAACAAGUGUACGUGUAUGUACAGUAGGUGUAAUAACAUCUUAACAUUUAAAGUUGACACAAACACCUUAACCUGAAGCCUUGCCCUUAAAUAUUUUUUCUAGAGAAAUAUAGUACAGUAGAGUACUAGCAGUCAUUUUAAGAUGAUAAGAUGCAGACAGGCAACACCUAUUGUAAUUUAGCAAAGUUUAUCCUGAGGAUCUUCUAAAUAAAGAAAUGUCUCAUUGUGUUGUUCAAAUUGUAUUUCAUGUUGAUUGUUCAUAGUACAAUACAGUAUAUGAAUUUACACACGUAAUGUAAAAUUCCUAUAUUGUUAUUACACUUGUGUUGUAAAUAAAGUAAAAUUGUGUUUGUUUGUUUUUCCGUUUUUUGUUGAAUGCAUCAUUUGGUAACUCACACCCUGAACUGUAGUUGGACACUAGAUGACAAUGUUGACUCAUUCCCACACAUACAACAGUGUGAACGUGAAGAGGGUUGUCAUAACAACAACUUUGGUAUUACACUCACAACUUUCCCAUUUUCAAGAGAAAGAAACUCAUAAAUGAACUAACAUUUGCCUUUAUCGUCCUUCAUGACCUUUAGAAAUGGGCCAUCUGUGCAGCCUUCAUCGCCUCAAACCAAUUAUGUGGCCUGCAUGAUGGUUUCAUACUGUGAGCAAGGACAGAAAAUCCUGUACCGCGCACCUUCAUGUUUUAGUAUAAGGAAGUACAGUAUAUUAUGAGGAGCUAAAACAGUCUGAUGGCUCUGCUUUGAAAAACCCAAGUUCAUUCCCCCCAUCCCCUAAAAGCCACAUGGAGUUUGUUUAUGUACAGUAUUUAGUCAACCACUAAUUGUGCAAGUUCUCCCACUUGAAAAUAUUAGAGAGGCCUGUAAUGGUCAACAUGGGUAAACCUCAACCAUGAGAGACAGAAUGCGAAAAAAAAAAAAAAAAAAAACAGGAAAUCCCAUUGUUUGAAUUUUAAAGAAUUUAUUUGCAAAUCAUGGUGGAAAAUAAGUAUUUACUCAAUACCAAAAGUUCAUCUCAAUACUUGGUUAUGUACCCUUUGUUGGCAAUAACGGAGGCCAAACGUUUUCUGUAACUCUUCACAAGCUUUUCACACACUGUUGCUUGU